AUGACGGGAGAGAAUCACUCGGCUAACGCCACAGAAGACAACAAUCGACGGCCUAGCGACCAGAGCGCCAGUCCUCCGAGAGAGAAUGCUCUAUUGACGAACGAGGCGGUAACUGUUCGCGUUUCCGAGUCUACCCCCGACCAUGAGUGCGGUCACGUGCACCUCUCGCACCGCGCGCCAUGGCUUCGCGCCGCGCUUCUCGGCGCCAACGACGGCCUCGUGUCGGUCGCGUCGCUCAUGGUCGGCGUCGGCGCCAUCGACAGCAGCCAGAUUGUCAUCUCCGGAUUGGCGGGGCUUGUCGGCGGCGCAUGCAGCAUGGCGAUCGGCGAGUACAUCUCCGUUUAUGGCCAACGCGAUAUAGAAGAAGCGGACGUGCAGAAGGAAAGAGAGGAAUUUCUCAAAGGCCCGGAAGCAGUCGAGCGGGAACUGGAAGAGUUGGCUCAGAUUUACGUCUCUCGCGGAUUGUCGUACAGACUCGCACGCGAAGUCGCAGAGGAGCUUUCGCGAGUCGACCCUGUUCGCGCACACGCACGCGACGAGCUGGGAAUCGAUAUGGACGACCUCUCAAACCCGUUACAAGCUGCUCUAGCAUCCGCUGCGGCGUUCAUCGUCGGAGCAAUUAUCCCGUUAUUAUCCGCCGCGUUUAUACGCGACCACGUCGCGCAACUCGUGGUUCUUCUACUGGUAACAACCCUGACGUUUAUCGGCUUCGGCAUACUCGGCGCGUGGCUCGGCGGAGCGAACAAGCUUCGAGCCGCGGCGCGAACCACGGCGGGGGGAUGGCUUGCAAUGGGAAUUACGUACGGCAUUCUGCGCCUCUUCGGGACGUCCGGGAUGGCUGCUUGA